CUGCAGUGUUUGUGGAGCUCAAUGAGCGACAGUAAAGGUAGCUUCUGGUUACAAACUUUGGACCAAUCAGGACGCCGCUUUGCCUUCCUGCAGCAGGACACACAGAAGUUCAACCUGGACCGCUUCUCGAAGAAACUAUCUGCUCCAAAUUCCCCACUGACCAUGCCUGUCCACCUCCGCUGACAUAUCCGAUAGAAAAGUCACUGCGGGAAACGUUUCCGAGUGAUGACAAUGUUGGGUAUGUACGUGCCAGACAGAUUUUCCCUGAAAUCGUCCAAGGUCCAGGAUGGAAUCGGUCUUUACACGGCGAGGCGAGUGAAAAAGGGAGAAAAGUUUGGCCCCUUCGCAGGUGAGAAAAAGCUUCCCAGUGAGCUGGAUGAAAGCUCGGACACCAGGCUGAUGUGGGAGGUCCGUGGCAGUAAAGGAGAUGUGCUGUAUAUUCUGGAUGCGAGUAAUCCUCGCCAUGCCAACUGGCUGCGGUUUGUCCAUCAGGCGCCUUCGCAAGAGCAGAAGAACUUGGCAGCCAUUCAGGAUGGAGAAAACAUCUUCUACCUGGCUGUGGAUGACAUCGAGACAGACACGGAGCUCCUGAUAGGCUACCUGGACAGCGAUAUGGAAGAGGAGGAGGAGGAAGAGGAAGAAGACAUUAAAGAUGACGAUGAGAACAGUAAAGAUGCCAAACAUCUUGUAGAAAUGGAACUGGUAAUAAAGAAAGAGGACCACCCCUGCUUGCUGUGUGAGAGCAGUUUUCCCAGCGAGGAGAUCCUGGCCGCCCACCUCCAGAGUCUGCACCAGAGGCCCAGCACAGAGGAGAAGGAGUUCAAAUGCAGGAACUGUGGCAAGAAGUUCCCCAUCAAACAGGCCCUGCAGCGCCAUGUUUUGCAUUGUUCUGAGUCACUGGAUCCAUCAGGUGACUCUAAAGCUCACCAGUGCUCCCUCUGCCACAACACCUUCGGCUCAGAAUCCAGUUUUGAGCAGCAUAAGGAAGCCUGCAAAGGAGAUGCCAGGUUCAUAUGUAAAGCAGAGAGCUGUGGCAAAAGAUUCAAGAGCAAGGAUGCUCUGAAGAAGCACAAAGGAAACGUUCAUGCAGGGAGUGCACGACGGAAACUGACAUGCACCAUAUGCAACAGAAAAUGCUCCUCGUCUUUGAAUCUGCAAGAACACAGAAAGGUACAUGAAAUAUUUGAAUGCCACGCCUGCGACAAAAAGUUCAUCUCUACCAAUCAGCUCAAACGCCACAUGAUCACACACUCAGAGAAGCGACCGUACACCUGUGAGAUCUGCAGUCGAUCGUUCAAGCGUUUGGACCAGGUGACGGCUCACAAGAUCAUCCACAGUGAGGACAAACCGUACAAAUGCAAGCUGUGUGGGAAAGAGUUCGCUCACCGCAACGUCUACAAGAAUCACAAGAAGACACACUCUGAGGAAAGGCCUUUCCAGUGCGAGGAGUGCAAGGCGCUGUUCCGCACCCCGUUCUCUCUGCAGCGUCACCUUCUCAUCCACAAUAGUGAGAGGACAUUCAAGUGUGACCAGUGUGACGCUACCUUCAAGAGGAAGGACACGCUCAACGUCCACAUCCAGGUGGUGCACGACGGCCACAAGAAGUACAAGUGCGACCUGUGUGAGAAGGCCUUUGUCACCCCGUCUGUCCUCAAGAGCCACAAGAAGACGCACACGGGGGAGAAGGAGAAGAUCUGCCCGUACUGUGGACAAAAGUUUGCCAGCAACGGCACGCUAAGGGUCCACAUCCGCAGCCACACAGGUGAGCGCCCAUACCAGUGCCCUUACUGUGACAAAGCGUUCAGCAAGAACGAUGGCCUGAAGAUGCACAUCCGCACACACACUCGGGAGAAGCCGUAUAAAUGCAGCGAGUGCAACAAGGCCUUCAGCCAGAAAAGAGGACUGGACGAACACAUGCGGACCCACACGGGAGAGAAACCUUUCCAAUGUGAUGUGUGCGACUUGUCAUUCAGCUUGAAGAAGAUGCUCAGCAGACACAAGCUGACGCACAACCCCAACCGGCCCAUGGCAGAGUGCCAGCUGUGCCAUAAGAAGUUCACCAGGAACGACUACCUCAAAGUGCAUAUGGAGAAUGUCCACGGGGAAACCGAGAGCUAGAGCCAAUUAUGGAAGCACUGGCUGAAAAUGAGAUCUGAUCCCUCAGAUAAAGUCAGUGCUUCGUGCUGCCAGUCUACAUCCAUACUGUAUACGCAGAUGGAUAGAUAGCAGAAAUACUGCUAUUAACAAUACAUGCAUGUAGAAUAUGGAAAACAUUAAGGCAAGUAUAUUAAAAUUGAAACAUAGACUGUACAUUUGUAUUUUUUUGUUGUUUUGGUCAUACUGUUCUUAUAAUGUUCUGGAUAUUUGAACAAACACAAUCCCAGAUAUGUUUGAUCUGCCUCCGGAGCCGCUGUGUCUGCUCACAGAGAUGUCCGACAUUUACUUCCAGUCUCUCAGACGUCUAACCAGUGUUACUGUACAGACUGUCACAAACAGCCAGACCUCCUCCACUGUGGUCUGAGUACCUUACUGUACAUUUGUGGCCAGUUGCCAAGUGUUGAAGAAAACCUGCGACCAAAGACCUUUCAGUGCACUUUUUGUAGAUGUACCUGCACACUUUGUACAUGUUUACACCAGUCUGUUACGUAUUACACCUGUUCUUUUGGGAGUCGAAUCAUGUUUAGAGGAAUUGUUCUGUUCUACUACACAUGUAUUACAGUGUUGCUGAACAGAAGAUGGAGUUCUGAAAACAAUAACGAAGCCUGCCACAAAAUCUGAAACAGCUCGCAAAUAUAAGUUUACAUGAUCGCCACACAGUAUAAACAUGCUGUCUUUUGUCUUAGUCUGUUUUAAAUAGACUUAAAAGUUUUACAUGUUGUCGUUCUGUUUUUAAGUAGGAUUUGUUGGAUAUCUCCAUCAUUAGCUCAAGAUGAACUGACUCAGCUAUUCCUUUCCCACGACCUGUUGUAUGAAAACCAGUGGGUCUUAAAUCAUGUUACUGUUUCUGUGCCACAAAUUUGCGGACGAAUGUGUCCCAAACCGGUGACAAAAAGUACUGUUUCUAUUGACUUUUGUAAUGAUUCGUUAUGUUUUCAUAUGAAAGCCCCGAGGCUGUUGCGCCUUACAGUAUGUGAGUACUUUGUUCCUUAUUAAUCAUAGUUCAACACAGAGUUUGAAUAGAAGCGCAGUUCUGUCCUGUUUUCCAUCCACUUCCAUUUGCCUCCUCAUUCACUGCCCCCUUUUUCAAUUAUACCCAUUUUCCAGCUGUUUACUCUGCAUCUGGUGGAUGUGAAUUGUCACUUCACACUUUUGUAUUUUGAAAUGUAUAAAACCUCAUCACCUACCAAACA